AUGUCCCUCCAAGUGAACGACCCACGGUCGCGAACCCGAUCCAAAUCCCCUGGCCGCUCGCGCUCACGGUCGCGGUCGCGCGACAGCCGAGUCCCCUCUCCCUCGCCCUCCCCCUCGCACCGCUCACGCUCGCCAGCCGUCGAAGUCCCCAGAACAAAGGGCUACAACCCAGACGAAGAAGCCGAAAUCGAGCGUCAAUACAAGCUCAUCAGCGAGCGCCGUCGCGAGACCAACGACGAGCCCCGCCCCGUCAUCUCGCGCGCCCCGAGAAGCUCCCGCUACGACGUGGACCGCUCAGACUCGGACUCGGAAUCGAGGCGCCGCGACGCAGAGAGCUCAAGACGACGUCGCGAUGACCGCUAUGAACACUCGGACGAGGAGCGCGGUCCUGCUGCGGCUUCGUCGCGGUCGCAUCGGCGACCGCCCUCGCCAGACCGCGGCGGUCGCGUGAAUCACCAUGACUCCGACUCAGACGACGACCUCGCAUACGGUGAUGCGCCAAGCUAUGCGCGCCCGAAUCGGUACAGCUAUGCCCAGCCCACGCAGUUCGCAUCUGCUGCGCCGGGAUACCCUGCCGCGCCGAUUGACUGGGCCUCCGUGCCGGAAUGCGAACGCCCUGGGUUCGUGCCGCCUUCCUCGCAGCCUGCCGGCCCGGCUACCAUGCCCGGCGCGUUUCCUGUGGCGUCGACCUAUCCCGCUAGCUCGGGCACUGUGCCGGCGCCUGUGAAUCCCUCUCUGCAGUACACUGGUUCAUCGGGCCAGCAGGCUCAGUAUGCGGCGACGAGUGCGGGUUAUACACCGUCGCAUUAUCGUACUGCCUCGGCUGGUGAUACUGGUUAUCCACCGCCAGCGGCGGGAUAUGCGAAUCCCGGCGUGUACCAGUACGCUCAGAUCGAUCCUAAUGUGAAGUAUUCUUCGAAGCCGGUGCCGGUGCCGGCGACAGCGCCUGCGUCUAAGCCGAUAUACCCUGCUGCUACGCAUGAGCAGUUUUCUAGACCGAUACCGCAGCAAUCGCAGAAUCAGCAUCACCCGCAAUCGCAGCAGCAACCUCCAGAGCAGCCAUAUCGGUAUAAGCAUGAGCCUCAGCUUGUGGAGAUCGCGCCUGGUAGUCGGUCGUCCGCGCGUCCGCACAGUCACUCUGUGUCGUCGAAUAGCCUCGCAGUUGGCGGAGCCAGUGCAGCUCACUCGGCUCAUCCCCCGGCUAGUCCACUGCUAGAGCCGUAUCAUGGUACUUACCAGUCCAUGUCUCCCAUGCCAUCCCCGAUCGUCAUCCCCUCCAUUCGCGAUGAUGACAUCUCAGACCUCGAACCACUUGACGGCGGAACCUCAGCCUCAGACUCAGGCCGACGCAGCAAACACACUCGCUCCCACUCAUCCGUCAGCGAGAAAGAUUCCCGCUCCCGCAGCAGCAAAGACAAGAAAGACAAAGAGCGCAACGACCACAAAGACGACAAACGCCGCACCCGCCCAACAGUCAGCCACGACCGCCACGACUCAACCUCCUCCAUCCUCAGCACAGAGCCAAGAGUCCUAGUGUCCCCAACAACCGGCCGCAAACGCGUCUCCUUCUACGACGCCGGACCCGACGCCGCUGCCAUGCAAUCCGCCCUAAACCACACACGCAACAUAGACAGCAAACCCAUCAUCCAAAUCCUACCCCGACUAACAAGCGACGAGAUCCUCCUCCUCCGCCAGGAAUACAAAACCCGCGUGCGCAUGCAAGGAAAAGGAAUAAACCUCGCCAAACACCUCCGUCUCAAACUCGGCAGUUCCUCCUUCGGCAAAGUCUCCUACGCCACAGCCCUCGGUCGCUGGGAAUCAGAAGCAUAUUGGGCAAACUGCUACUACCAAGCCGGGACAUCGCGUCGCGAACUCUUAAUCGAGUCCCUGAUGGGUCGGUCGAAUGCUGCCAUCCGCGAAAUUAAAAACUCCUUCCGUGAUACCCGCUACGAUAAUAGUCUCGAGCGCUGUAUGCGCUCCGAGCUGCGCGCGGAUAAGUUCCGCGUGGCGAUUCUGCUUGCGCUCGAGGGACAGCGGCAGGAUGAGCGCGAGCCGCUGGAUAGACGGCUCGUCAGGGAUGAUGUGCAGGAUUUGCAUCGUGCUAUUGUUCGCGAGGGGGGUGAGACGGCUAUGAUUCAUAUUAUUGUUUUGAGGAGUGAUUCGCAUCUGCGGGAGGUGCUGCGCGCUUAUGAGGAUAAUUAUGGUCAUAAUUUUACUAGGGCUAUGAUUUCCAAGUCGCGUAAUCUGGUGGGUGAAACCCUCGCCCAUAUCCUCAACGGCGCAAUCAACAGACCAAUGCGCGACGCCCUCCUCCUCCACCAGGCCCUCCGCGAAUCCCGUACCGGCCGCGAGCGCUCAGAGCUCCUCAUUUCCCGUCUCGUGCGUCUGCAUUGGGAACCUAGACAUCUCGAUCUUGUUAAGAACGAGUACAGGCGCAGAUACCAUGAGCGUCUGGAGGAGGCUAUUGCGGAGGAGAUCCUGUCGCUGAAUGGCGGGCAGGAUUGGGGCGAGUUUUGUAUUGAGUUGGCGCGUAAUGCUUGA